AUGAGGUGUCACAAUACCGUCACCUCCAUCGGGGGCUGGUUGGGCUUCUUCGCCGCCACCACAUCGGCCAUUGAGACCGGCUUUGAUUCGGAAACCUUCCCUCAUCCCGCCCUCGUUCCCAAGCCCACAUUUCGCGACCUCUGUCCCGUUCCUUGUGCAGAUGCCGGCCCAACGGGUUUCUCCUGGACCGUCGUGCCCUCCAUCGCGGCUCUCAAGCAGUGUAACGAGACGCUGCUCUUUGAGGGCAACCUGAACCGACCCAUCACCAGCACUGCCAAGGAGAACACAAUUCGCGCCUGCAGCAUCCCCGAGUCAUCCUCCAACACGGCCCUUACCAGCGAACAAAAGUUCGGCCCGCCGUGCCUGGCGUCGGCGGAGCUAAGGCCCACCAAGGUUGACGUCGAGGUCGGCUGGUGGCCGGAGACGGUCGACGGCAGCAAGUCAUCCGAUAUCAUCGACGCCACGCUCCAGCUGCAGAAGAAUAUUAUUGAAGACCCCAACUGCGAGUCGACGGCUCUGUUCGCCAAGUCGGGCGAUGCUGUUGUCGGGCUGUGGGUCGGCGAGCAGAUCCGCAAGACUUCGGCCAAGGACCUUCUCGAGCGUUUCGUCGCCUUGGUCGAGUCCAAGGAGGGCUCGUUGCCUAAGAAGGCAGCUGCCCAGGUCUGCGGCUCGAGUGACGGCCUGCCUUGGAGCCAGAGCUUUGGCAUCUACUACGACGCAACCGGCAAGAUCAGCGAUGCUUUCAGCGCCGUGCAGGGCUGGUCCAAGAUGAGUUGUCUCGAUCUUCCAGGCGGCGGCGAAACCUGGAAGGGAGAGGAGCUCAGCGUCAUCCCAGGUCUCGCGCUGACUCUGGGUGCCGAUGCCGUUCUGCCCAAGCACAAAAAUUCGUCAGUCUCUGUCACGGCUUCGAGUGUCACGAAACCCACGUACAGCGUCACCUCGCUGGCUCUGGGCCCUUCGACCUCUGUCGAGGCUCGGGCUUACGACCCUUAUGAUGACCUCAACGAUGGCCUCGAGGACCGCGACGAGCAGUGCCGGACCGCCAGGAUCGAAGCCACCGACAGCUGCUACAGCCUCGCAACGCAGAAGUGCGGCAUCACACUCGAGGCUCUCUACAAGUACAACGGCGGGGACUCCUCCUUCUGCACCAACCUCGAGGUCGACACCUCGCUCUGCUGCUCGGGCGGUGAUAAACCCGAGGAAGAGGCCCCCUCCGCAUCUUCCGAAGUGCGCAGAGCGGCUGCUGAAUGCAAGUAUCUGGUCGUGGCCAAGGACAACACGUGCCCUCAGCUGGCGGCUGAUUGCGGCAUCUCGACAACCAAGUUCUACGAGCUCAACGGAGGCGGCAGCAGCGCCUUCUGCAACAACCUCAAGAUCAGGUCGGCUGUCUGCUGCACUGCCGGCGACAAGCCGAACCUCAAACCCAAGGACAAUAGUGACGGGUCCUGCGCCGUGUACACGAUCAAGAAGGGCGACGGAUGCUUCGAUAUCGCUGAUCCCAACGGCCUGACGGUCACGGAGCUGCACAAGCUCAACACGGGCAAAACCUGGGGCUGGGGCGACUGUGAUCUGCUCAAGGAGAACAUGAAGAUCUGUCUCAGCGCCGGCACGCCGCCCAUGCCGGCGCCGAUCGAGAACGCCAUCUGCGGCCCUCAGAAGCCCGGCACCGAGAGGCCCUCGAGCGGCAACCUCACCAUGCUCAACCCAUGCCCGCUCAACGUCUGCUGCAACAUCUGGGGUCAGUGCGGCACGACCAAGGACUUCUGCGUCGAUACGACCGUCAACAACACGCCCGGCACGGCCAAGAAGGACACGUACGGUUGCAUCUCCAACUGCGGCAUGGACAUUGUCAACAACAAGGUCGGCCCCGACAAAUUCAGGCAGCUCGGCUACUUUGAGGGUUGGAACAUGGACCGCCCCUGUCUCAACAUGGAUGUCGAGUCGAUCCCCAAGGAGAAUGACAUUAUUCAUUUUGCCUUUGGCAUGAUCGCCGAGGACUUUUCCAUCUACAUAGGCCCCAAGGAGAAGGAACAGUUUGACAAGUUUGUCAAGCUGAAGUCCAGCUUCAAGAAGGUUCUUUCUUUUGGUGGCUGGGCCUUCUCGAACGAGCCGGCGACGAGCCACAUCUUCCGCAAUGCCGUCAAGCCGGCCAACUCGCUGAGGUUCGCCACGAAUGUCAUCAACUUCAUCGCCGCCAACGGUCUCGACGGCGUCGAUUUCGACUGGGAGUACCCUGGUGCCACCGACAUCGAUGGUAGCCAGCCCGGCUCGCCCGACGACGGGAAGAACUACCUCGCUUUCCUGGGCAUCGUCAAGCGCCGCAUGCCUCAAGGCAAGACUAUUGCCAUCGCUGCCCCGGCUUCCUACUGGUAUCUCAAGGCGUUCCCCAUUGCCGAGAUCUCCAAGAUUGUCGACUACAUCGUGUACAUGACCUACGAUCUCCACGGCCAGUGGGAUGUCGGCAACAAGUGGGCUUCUGAGGGCUGUCCGGGCGCCAACUGCCUUCGUUCGCACGUCAACAUCACGCUGACGCAGAGUGCCCUGUCUAUGGUGACCAAGGCCGGCGUGCCGUCCAACAAGCUCAUGGUCGGUGUCAGCAGCUACGGCCGCAGCUUCAAGAUGGCCCAGAUGGGCUGUGAAGGCCCUAACUGCUUCUUCCUGGGCGGCCGCAACCAGUCACCCGCCAAGGCUGGUACCUGCACUGGCACCCCCGGCUACAUUGCCGACGCCGAGAUGAUGCAGAUUGCGCUCAACGCCCGGUCUGGGUUCGGCAGCUCCAAGGUGACGGCCUACCACGACGAAUCGUCCGACUCUGACAUUUUCAUCUACGACGACGUCGAGUGGGUGUCGUGGAUGAGCCCCAAGACAAAGGACAGCCGCAAGCUCAUCUACCGCCUCGCCAACAUGGCCGGCACCAGCGACUGGGCCAUCGACCUGGGCGUCGACGUUGGCCGCUCCAACUCGGAGAAGGCCCUGGACGACUGGCCGGAGCUGGACCUCAGCAGCAACUGCCCGCUCGACUCGAGCUACGACACGCUCGACGCCCUCGAUGCUGUCGCCGGGGGCAUGGAUCCCGAGUGCGCCGCCAUGCUCGCCAUUGACACGCUCAAGAAGAUGCUCGCCAACUCGCUCAACGGCUACGACGCCGCCGCCAGCGGGUACGACGGCCUCUUUGACUUUUACAAGGACUACAUCAUCAAGUCGCUCGACGGCCGCCUCGAGCGCCUCAUGACCUUUGAGAAGCAGUACGGCGGCCGCUCCGGCGACUUCUUCAACUGCUUCGCCGUCCAAGGCGGCCUGCGCGCCAAGCGUAGCGACGCCAAGCCCGCCGACUGCUUCAACCUGCCAACGGGCAAGCCCUUUGACGACUACGCCUACUGGUUCGAGCUCAAGGACGAGGCCGGCUGGCAUAAGGCCCUCGCCGAGGAGGGCAUCCUGACCGAGUGGGUGCAGACGGGCUACAAGGAGCACGCCAACAACAACGGCUGCACGGGGCAAGACAUGUGCAUCGCCAAGAACAUCUACUACCACGACAUUCCCAUGCCCAAGGCCAACAAGGACAUUGAGGUGCCGGACCCCAAGGAGAUCAUCCGCAUCGCGCGAGAGAACAUGGCCAACAUCACAGACGCAUUUGACGACAUAUACACGGCCAUUGGCUUCGAGGACUGGGCCGGCGGCUACGAAAAUGCCGUCGAGGUCCUGUCCGUGCCCGUCUUCAUGCUCGAGGACGCCGUCGCCUCGAUGAACACGGUCAAGGAGAUCGGCAAGGACUGGAAGGAGGAGCAGGAGAAGAACCUCAUCCUGCAGAUCAUUGAGGGCGUCCUCUUCCUGCUGGCUUUUGUCGGUCCCAUCGUCGGCUCCCUCGGCCGUGUCGGCGCGGCUCUCGGUCGUCUCAUCAUGGCCAUCGAGGGUGCCGGCGCCGCCGGCCUCGGCGUCUACGCCAUCAUUGAGGACCCCAGCAGUGCGCCCCUCGCCAUCCUGCUCACCAUCAUGGGCGAGCUCGGCGGACCAGCCGGUCGCAGUGGCCGCUUUGCCGGGUUGAACGCCAAGAAGAACGAGAUGUCGCCCAAGCAGAAGGAGAAUAUGGGCAAGUCGUACGCGACCAACACGCCCAAGGUUCAGUCCAUCAUGGGCAAGGCCUGUGGCACAAAGUAG